AUGUCUGAUAGUGAGUCAGAUUUGGAUGAUGGCAGCACGUCAGAGUUGUCAGGUCAUUGGACUGAUGGUUGGAACACCGAUUCGGGAGAUGGGGAUUACUUGAACGGGUUGGAGGAACCGCUGACUGAGGAAGGGGAUAGUGGCCAUUCCGACAGUGAAUACGAUGGUGGAAGCUAUAUGCAUGCUGCUGAUGCGCGAGGAGAUUCUAUUAAAGACGAGGAGGAGAAUAUUGUUAGGAAGUUUUUCUACUGCAAUUGCCAAGGGCUGCGUGAAAAGAAGCAUUACGAGCGAGUUGAUAGAAAAAGGACUCAUAAACCGGAGACGAGAACAAAUUGCAAUGCCAAGCUUGUGGUGUUUCUGGACAAAAGUUAUGGGAAAUGGCGGACAAAAAUAUUGGUCGAGGAACAUAAUCACGAAUUGGCGCCCCAAGAGUUCACUAAUGUCAUGGCUCCACAUAGGAAGAUCCCAGAAGGGCACAAAGCGCAUAUACAUAGAAUGCAUGAAGCUGGGUUCAAAACAACUCAAAUAAUGGGCUUCAUUGCCCACAUGUGUGGUGGAUAUCGGAAUCUUAACUUCAUUAGUAAGGACUUGUAUAAUUAUAUGGAUGGAGUUAGGCAAUCAAGGAUUGUCGAGGGAGAUGCAGCCGCAGCAAUAAGCUACUUUAAGGGCAAGGCUGAGUUGGAUCUGAUGGCAGUUGUGUAG